UCUGUUGUCUUGGUCCCUCCACUCUAGCUUUCAAAUCAUUCACGUUGUGUCAUAUAUUGUAUUAUCCGAACAGUCGUACAGGAUCAAGUGGACAGGGAUCUGGGGUUCAUGGUGCACUGCAAAUGAAGCAGUACACAACCCUGUCUCUCUUGAGCUCGCCUCUGGAUUGAACCCAUCUCUGAUCUUUAAUCGCUCGACUCAGUCUAAUAAUGCUAGCUGGCCAAAAGGUUGCUUGCUAUUUUCAAUAUAGCUAGCUUGCUAGUGACGUUAGCUUAGCUUAUUUCAAGAAGUGGGGUCAAAAAGUUGUCGUCUUUUACUAAUAACUGCGGCACAAUGGCAAUUUAAAUGUCAUUCGACGUCCUUGGAAGCGGAUAUUCAGAUAGAACAACAAUCAGGCCAUUUUCAAGGAAGAUACACAAACAACCCCGGGGUUGCCUGUGCAGGGGCGGCUAGGCGGGCGUGGAAACCCUCGAGGAUCCCGGGCCAUCAUUUUUUUUUUUGCUACCUGGCUAGUUGGUUAGCUAUGGGUGCAUUUUUAUCUUUUUAAGUCCUAGUUGGCUACAUGAAUACGGACCAUGCUGUAUUGAACGGUUCUUUGUGUGAAGUGUCCGGGCUUUGGAGAGAUUAAGGGACAGCAACCACAGCCUGAGCCCGAGAGAAGGACUAAAUAAAGCCCUCGACUGGGAAGUGACACCGGUGCAGACAUGAUGGAAGAGCUGCAUAGUCUGGACCCCCGGCGCCAGGAACUGCUGGAGGCCCGUUUCACAGGAGUCGGAGUAGCCAAGGGUUCGGGACAGAAUGAAUCAUCCAACCAGAGUCUAUGCAGUGUGGGCUCGCUGAGUGACAAGGAACUGGAGACACCAGAGAAGAAGCCCAAUGACCAGAGAACGAGGAAAAGGAAAGGAGAGCCGUAUGACAGUGGACAGGGUAAAGGAGGUGCGAGAGGGCACAAAAUUAGUGAUUACUUUGAGUUUGCCGGUGGUAGUUGUCCAGGCACCAGUCCAGCCCGGGGCAUCCCUCCACUGGUGCGCUCCUCACCUCAGCACUCCCUCUCUAACCCCCCAGUGCCGGUCCAGCAGGGCAGCCCCUCAUCAACAGGCUCCGGCCACACGGACCCCUCCUCCUCUUCUUCCUCCUCUCUAAAGCCAGCGCUGCCCUACUCCUCCUCUCACAAAGCCACUCAGUCGGACCUGACAAUAGAGAAGCUAACAGCACUAGAGAACAACAAGAGUUCCGACCUGGAGAAGAAAGAGGGAAGGAUAGACGACUUGCUUAGGGCCAACUGUGACCUGAGGAGGCAGAUUGACGAGCAGCAGAGGAUGCUGGAGCGAUACAAGGAGCGCCUGAACAAGUGUGUCACCAUGAGCAAGAAGCUGCUCAUCGAGAAGUCGAAACAGGAGAAGAUGGCGUGCAGAGACAAGAGCAUGCAGGACAGGCUGCGUCUGGGUCACUUCACCACCGUGAGACACGGAGCCUCCUUCACGGAGCAGUGGACCGACGGCUACGCCUUCCAGAACCUCAUCAAGCAGCAGGAGAGGAUCAACACCCAGAGGGAGGACAUCGAGAGGCAGCGCAAGCUGCUGGGGAAGAGGAAGCCCCCCGCGGCCACCCAGACGCCCCUGCCCAGCCCAGAGCAGAACAAACGCAAGAGCAAGAGCAACGGCCAGGAGAACGAAGCGUUGUCGCUUGCAGAAUAUCACGAGCAGGAGGAGAUUUUCAAACUCCGGCUUGGCCAUCUCAAAAAGGAAGAGGCGGAGAUUCAGGCAGAGCUGGAAAGGUUGGAGCGAGUAAGGAACCUGCACAUCCGGGAACUGAAGAGAAUACACAACGAGGACAACUCGCAAUUCAAAGACCAUCCUACGUUAAAUGACCGAUACCUUCUAUUAUAUUUACUUGGAAGAGGUGGCUUCAGUGAAGUCUAUAAGGCCUUCGACCUAACGGAACAGAGAUACGUAGCUGUUAAAAUCCACCAGCUCAACAAGAACUGGAGGGAUGAGAAGAAGGAGAAUUAUCACAAACACGCGUGUAGAGAGUACAGAAUUCACAAGGAACUGGACCACCCCCGCAUAGUCAAACUCUACGACUACUUCUCGCUUGACACAGACUCGUUCUGCACGGUGCUGGAGUACUGCGAGGGGAACGAUCUGGACUUCUACCUGAAGCAGCACAAGCUGAUGUCAGAGAAGGAGGGCCGCUCCAUCAUCAUGCAGAUCGUCAACGCCCUCAAGUACCUCAACGAGAUCCGACCGCCCAUCAUCCACUACGACCUCAAACCCGGCAACAUCCUCCUUGUCAACGGAACGGCUUGCGGUGAGAUCAAGAUCACCGACUUUGGCUUGUCCAAGAUCAUGGAUGACGACAGCUACAACUCUGUGGAUGGGAUGGAGCUGACCUCCCAGGGGGCGGGGACAUACUGGUACCUCCCCCCAGAGUGCUUUGUGGUUGGGAAGGAACCCCCUAAGAUCUCCAACAAGGUGGAUGUGUGGUCCGUGGGGGUCAUCUUCUACCAGAGCCUCUAUGGACGCAAGCCAUUUGGUCACAACCAGUCUCAGCAGGACAUCCUACAGGAGAACACUAUCCUAAAGGCUACAGAAGUGCAGUUUCCUCCCAAACCCGUUGUCACGACAGAAGCAAAGGCCUUUAUACGCCGCUGCCUCGCCUACCGCAAGGAGGACCGCAUCGACGUGCUGCAGCUGGCCAGCGACCCCUUCCUGAUGCCCCACAUCCGCAAGUCCCUGGGCACCAGUGGGCCCCUGGCACCGCCCAUGCCUUCCACCUCGAGCUCCUACAACAGCAGUGCCUCAAACUGAGGAGGACGUACCACCAAAAUAGACACUAGCCUCUUUCCUCCCUGGCUCUUCUGGUUAGGACUGGGAGAGACUGAUGGUAUGAAGGAGGGUAGAACAAUGAAUAGGGUGAACAACAAAGAGCAGCGCUAAAAGCAGAUACUGCUGGAGGAAGACCGAAGUGCUCCGAAUACCAAAUCAGCUAAAUGAAGGGCCAGUGUGUGAACCCAACUGGGUUGCCUCAGCAUGCAUGACAAAGACACACACACACACACCGUGUCUCAAAGAAGGGAAACCCUUGCUUGUACAGAGGAGCAGCUUACAUGUCAAAAGCCCAGGAGAAUCUCAACCAAGAGGAAGUUGAGAUGACCAAGCACCUCCGUUCAGUUUUUCGAGAGUAGAAACAUUGCUCUUUUCAUCCGUUACUGCUUGAAACUGUAUCAUACAUUGGACUAUAUUUCUAAAUAAUAGAAUUAUCAAUUUAAAUGCCUUGUGAACAUUGAACUGAGGACUUUUUUGGAAGGACUCGGAAGAAUGGGGGAUUUCUCUUUGGUGACCAAAGUUCAAGGCAUGCCUAACUGAUACGGCAUCUCCAUUAAGCACGCAAAUGUUGACAUCGUGAAGAUUGAUGGAAGGCUUGUCACGUUUGACGCUUGUUUUGAAUAUUUUAUUGGAUUUUGAACUGGAAGUGGACUUCUUAUUUUCGGUGGUUCAGUCCAUAUUUUUUCAUGAGAUUUCCUCCCUAAUGUUUUUCUUAACUUUCAAAGGGUGGCCAAAUCUACUAAUAUGUGUUGUGAGGAGGAGCCUCAGCAGAACUGCAUAUAAACAUUAAAUCCAACCGUUGGUAAGACUUUGGCUUGUCAUGUUACUCUGAAAAGGAUGACUUAAGGCAGAAUCAAUUAAAAGGAAUUUAUUGCAAAUCAUGCAGUGUUAGAAUUGAAAUUGUACAUAGACAAAGAAAUACUUGCAACAUUAUAACAGUACAGUGUGGAACCUGAAUUAUCUCUCAAACAGAAUGUUCUGCAGGAAGAGAAACUUGAAUUACUUUUGUCGUAAUAUUGGAAUAUGCACACCAUAACUCAAUGCCAACAAGGUAUCAGAAACCCAAUUAUGGUCUAAAAUAGUUUACUUUUAUGUAAUAACACUAAUGCUUAUUACUACAGGGUCAGUGCAAUGGCAAGAUAAUGCAUAAGAAACAUGCUAAAUAUAUGGAUGGCAAAAUGACACAUAUUGAUAGUAUCACAUUCCUUAUUGCUUUUUGCUUUAGCUUGCUGUAGCACAAGGAUGCAAUGUUGUGUUUUGAAUAAGUAGGUCUAGGUUCAUGACAUUAUUUGUGUAGGGAUAGAACCAUACAAUGCAUCACACAGUGAUAGAGGCAUAUAUUGCCUUGGGUGAUAUCACUUAUCACUAGACAUCCAACAGAAGAGUAGUAGCAAAAUAAUAAAGGUUGACUAAAUGAAAGUGCCAAUUUCACCAAAUCACAUUAGGUCCUAACACUCAGUGCACUCUGCAAGUUUGAUAUGAAAGAUGUAACACAUAUCUAACAAAUGUUAAGAGGACAUGAAAAAUAACAUUUCUUCUGACAGCGUCCAAACAAAGACAAAUUUAAGUGUUCAACCGUGCACAAAAUCUUUUAGGUUUAGCCGUUUGCCCACCAAAAGCCAUGACUAAUAAGAAUAAUAUUCAAAUAAUUUAAACUGGCUCACUCUUGCUCAUCUGCGAUCCUUGCAAUGUGACACGCAAAUACAGAUCUUUUCAGUACAAUUCAGGAGCACAAAGAUGUAGAUAGGUUUGGGAUCCACUCACUAUGAGAGAAGAUUCAACUCUGGAUUGUGUCCCUGAAGUCUCACAGGACUCAAUUAGGUUUGGGUAAAACA